AUGAGUCAAAGGCACGAUCCCAGCACUUUUUCAUCAUCACCUAUCAAUUACCAUUAUCAGGAACGACAAACGAUCAUUUCAACAACAACACAAGAGAUCGACCGACUUGCAUGUCAAUUCAUGGCGAAGCUCAAUGAGCGUUCGACGGCAUUCGCGAAUGGAGCCAACUUUGAUCUUGCUUUGUGCGAUGCAGCCCUUAUGCGAGUCAUUACCCCAACGUUAUCACUUGGCUACUUGAAAGCAGGCAACAUUUACCAGCAACAAGGACGACAACAACAAGCAGUAGCGAUGUAUGAGGAAGGGCUUGGCAUGGUGCCAUCAUCAGAUGAAUGUUACGCCGACCUGCAAAUGGGGCACGCUAAUGCAAAAAAUGCCGCCAGCAAACGUCUCGAUUUCAUCACUCAACUACCUAUGGAGAUUGCUGCGUCAGAGAUCUUGCCUUGGGUGUUUCACAACUGCAAGCUGGAAGCAGAUACUCCUUGCCCUUAUCUUUAUGUAUCAAGCACAUGGCGAGAACGUAUCUUGCAAUGCAACAACUUGAAUUUCUACCUUGAGGAGUCGAACAAGGGCCCUCCAGGCCACUUGCAUGAGCUAAAGCGGUUUUCACAGCAUGUGAAAACAUUGUCAAUGGAAUCAGGGUGGAUGGACGUACUUGGGAACUGUCUUUCGAUCUUCGACACAUGCAAAUUUCCCAAUCUCACCAAGUUGACAAUCAAGUACUUCGGUUAUUGGGCAGGCGAGGUUACAUAUGCACUUGAAGCUGUGAGCCAGACUGUGACGGAUUUAUACCUGUAUACGGAGGAGCAUCAAACACCUGAUAUUCAUUUGGCUGUUGUACUCGAUCUUUGCCCGCACCUUGUAUCGUUGAAUCUUACAGCUUGGGACAUUGUCGACCUCCCAGAGUCAUAUCCAACGUUGACACACCUCACCAUCAAUGUCUUCUGUGGACACCUUUCGCAUGAUACGAUGACCAACCUCCUCUCCCAUCUUCCGUCACUCGUGCUCUUUGGCACAUACCACGUUCCAAACACCACCUUUCUCACUCGCCGACACUGCCCAAACAUGAAGAUACUGAUGUGUGGUGGAUACUGCGUCUUCAAUCACGACCACUUUGAUCGACAUCUGGAUGGGUUGCAAAAGCUAUGCUUUGGAUCUAUUGAUGACGACGAACCAUACGACGGUGGCAAUCUCAUUUCACUCUUACGUGAAAACCAUGAAUCUCUGGGACAUAUCGCGUUGGCGGGGAGCGUUACAUUGCAGGAAGGAAACCUGGACUCGUCAAUGGAAUUCAAUCGCUUGGAGGAACUUGAGGUUGAUGCUGAAAACGACGAUCUCAUUAUACUCGCUAUUUGGAUCAUCCAUGCAUCACCAUAUCUACAUCGUAUCAAGAUCUGUAAUCCUGGGGGAUCAAACAAUGAUGAUUUAUACAAUGCAUUGAAAGGAUUGAAGGAGUUGGGAACGCUUUCAGCAACAGAGCUGGUAAAUGAUUCGGCAUCGUUUGGCAAUUUACUUGAGUACCAUGUACGGCUUGGCAAGGAUUCACCAUUGAAGGAGCUAAAGGUUUUCAUGGACGAUCAUGUAUCGACAAUUCCGUGGAUGGAUGCAAUUGCCGGAUUGGAAAGCUUGCAAAAGCUUGUGAUAUCAACAACUGGAAUCGAGUCACCUGAAGGAUUCAUUUCCCGAAUCAAUGAUCAGCCUACGCUCCAAUGUCUACAUAUCUAUGCUUCAUCAAUCAGCGUCAGAGAUAUCAUUUCCCUGUUGUCGUUCACCAACCUUAACCUUAUCAUCAUUGUCGCACCAGUGGAUGACUACCUGAUGGAGUUGUUACGAAAGCACAUACCACAUGUGGAUCAGCGACCUCGUUAA